CCAUCCUGGUCCAACUCUGAGGCAGGGAGUGUGGUGUUAAAGGGCUGAGCACUCUCCUGUGCAAGUCUGAGGAAGAGGAGAAAGUGGGACAGGGGUACUGAACUGAACAUCAGGGUAAAUACUGAAGCCUCCAUCACCUGCCGCAAACAGCUGCUGCGUUGUCCACCAAGACACAGACAGAACCCACAAAACAGAAGUCCCGUACAGUACGUUGGACAUGGAGGCGGGACCUGAUGAGGGAGUGGCGGGUGCUGUGUAUGCAAACGAGACCUCCGAAACGAACCCCGGUGACACACCGUCAGGCAUACUGACCAGUCAGCAGUUAUCUGCUAUUGAGGAUGAAGAAGUCCUGAAUAAACUGCAACUUUGAGCUGGCCUUCAGCACUGCAGAAAGGCUGGCAGAUUGCCCCCCUCUGCUGGACGUUGAAGACUUGCUGCGGAUGCAUGAGCCUGACUGGAAGUGUGUGUACACAUACAUUCAGGAGUUCUACCGAUGCCUGGUGGAGAAAGGCCUAGUUAAAACCAAAAAGAAACUCUAGAGACGGAUGUUUCACAAUAUGGGGAUGGGGAGGGCAUAUAAGAGUUUGUAGUUUGCUGCAGUGCCUUUUAAGCACAUAGUUGGGAUUUUUAUUAACUGUGUGUAUCUUUGUAUUGGUUUGUGUGUAUUAGCUGACACUUUCUGUUUAUGUGUUGAGAGGACAGCUGGCACUUAAGAUCAGUACAUUCCACUGAGAUUACACAUCUGCUAUAAUCUCAGUCAGAGCCAUGGAGAAUCUGGGAAUGGCUUUUUAUGGUGCUGCAGUGCUGUGCCCUGACUACAAUGGCUUUUUGUGGGUAGGCUAUGUAUGGGUUAAAGAUACAUGAGGUCAAAUGUAAUGUGAAUGAUGUGGUUUGAUUUGUGAACCUUUAUUUUGUUCUGAUCACAUUAUAGAGUACUACUACAUUUCUAUUAUGGGGAACCCUCACCAUUUUCAGCCUGAAAGAGGAUUGUUGCCAAAUCAGUACUGUAUUUGGUCACUAUUUAAAAAUGGAAAAUAUCCCUGAAGUCUACUCUAUUAAAGUUCAGACCCAAAGGCAUCUUGGUCCAGGGCAAAUAAAAGGCAGUGUGUAACGGCUUUCUUCCUGGGAUGAAGGAGAGGACCAAAAUGCAGCGCAGUUAGUGUUCAACAUGUUUAAUAUAACGAACUGUGAACACUUACAACAAUACAAAACAAACGUGAAAACCGAGACAGUCCUAUCUGGUGCAGAACACAAACACAGAGACAGGAAACAACCACCCACAAUCCCAACACAAAACAAGCCACCUGUAUAUGAUUCUCAAUCAGGGACAACGAUUGACAGCUGCCUCUGAUUGAGAACCAUAUUAGGCUGGACACAGAAACAGACGAACUAGACACACAACAUAGAAUUCCCACCCAGCUCACGUCCUGACCAACACUAAACAAGCAAAACACAUAAGAACUCUGGUCAGGACGUUACAGUACCCCCCUCCUGAGGUGCGGACUCCGAACGCACCCCUAAAACUCAAGAAGAGGGUCUGGGUGGGCAUCUGUCCGCGGUGACUGGCGGGCAGCUCCUGACUGGCUGGCGGCUCUGGCAGCUCCUGACUGGCUGGCGGCUCUGGCAGCUCCUGACUGGCUGGCGGCUCUGGCAGCUCCUGACUGGCUGGCGGCUCUGGCAGCUCCUGACUGGCUGGCGGCUCUGGCAGCUCCUGACUGGCUGGCGGCUCUAAGCAGCUCCUGACUGACGGACGGCUCUAAGCAGCUCCUGACUGACGGACGGCUCUAAGCAGCUCCUGACUGACGGACGGCUCUAAUGGCUUGGGACAGACGGGCGGCUCUGAAGGCUCGUGGCAGACGGAUGGCUCAGACGACGCUGGGCAGACGGAUGGCUCAGACGGCGCUGGGCAGACGGAUGGC